CAAAUACCGGGUCUCUGUCAGGUUUGUUAGCUUAUUCCAGCAUGGGAUGUUUAUACUGACUGUAUGCUGGAGAAGAUACCAAUACCAGUUUCCCAGGUAUAGAUUGGGAGAGCGGCCCAGUACCAAAAAUGGCGCCGGGCAGCUGGUACUAUGAAGCCAAGCUAGUGGAAGAUACACCGGAAAAUGAGAUAUCCACAGACAAUAUCCUCAAAUCCCCGAGGAGAAGGAGGCCACCGGGCGGAGUCUCCGGUAGUACACUGGUUCAAAAGAGCGAGUCCAACCACACCGAGCAUGGGCUGAGACGCCAUGAGCAGCUUGUGAAGGGAAAGAAUGACCUCCAGGCUGGUAUUGAAAGUACCACGGCAGAGUGCUCAACGGACACACGCUCUAUUGGAAAGAAAACCUCUGGUUUCCACUCAGACACGCCUAUGAUGGACGGGGUUUCUGACAGCGAGCAGCCCGCAAUUCCAGAAGAGGUCGAAUCCGUGAUUGUGGUUCAGAGAACACCAAAGCGGGCCAAAACAGAGAGCAGUCUCAGUGAAGCAGCGAAUUCAGUCUCGAGACUUAGUUUUAAUGCCUCUGGAGUUAACGAACUUGAAAGGUCCAAUUGCUACGUUGAAACGGGAGUAGAUACUACUGCGACGGACGUUAGUUCUGCUGAGACCUCUUCUCUCAGCUUCAGUCAAGCAAACCUCGGAUCUACUCGUAGAUCAACCCGGCGGCCAAAUAAGGCUUCUUGCCACCAGUCUCCUACAGGAACCGUAGGUGACGGGCUUAUAAACGCCUCCAAGGCCCUCACUGCUCGGCCUCAGGAGGGUUCUGUGUGUGGCGUGGUGGUCAACAGUUCGUCGAGUACUCCUGCGACGGAUUUAAGCAUAUCCACAAAGUCUUUCAAUGAAGAACUCACCCAGAACAAUUUGACAGCGUCUAUACUACAAAGGCCUGGACCGACUUCACCCUCUAUCGGCUUCCACGAUCAAAGCAGUCUUGAUGAUUCACGAUCUACUUCACUUCUUUUAGAUCAAAUUCCACAGCAGCAGCUUCGACCUUCCGUUCAUCAAACAACUCCACAUCCUCAGCUUCAAUCUUCCUUUCUCCAAUCGACGAAUAGCUUGAAUGACAAGUCUAUUAUACCGCAGACACAAGAAUCUUCCAUUAUUCUGCCACCAACACCUGCUUUGAGCAGCACCACCCCGCUUGGUUCGUCAGAUAACACACCCCAUUUAUCUAACUCAAAGUUCAUUGCAACUUCCCAAGUCAAUACAUCUACAACUAUCCAACAAGAUCAACAAACUCACAAUCCGUUGAUGACGAACAUCGGAGCUAUGGCGGAAGCUGGUACUCGACCAAGCAGCGCCGAAGAGCUGGAUAGUGACAAUAGUUCAGUGCUCUCAGAUCUCGACUCGGAUGACUUCACCGAAGAAGAAGCCGCCUUGAUUUUGAAUUCACAUCAGCUGGAGCUGGCUGCGGAGCAGGAGGUGAAUGCCCCACCCGCCAAGUCUCGGGAGGCACGCCAGAAGAAUCAAACGCCAAAGAGGCCUCGUGGAAGACCUCCUAAAGAGAAGAAUGUAUCGCAAAAAGCGGCGGACCAUGCGAAAGCUGUCACAAAAAAGUCACCCGCGAGACCCAAGCCACUGAAGGGGGCCAGCCGAGCAACUGGAAGGAAGAAAAAAGUGGGCGGAGAGGAUGAGACAGAUGAUUUCCAGCCAGAAAAGGACUUGGGGUCUGCUACAGCGGAGCCGGGAGUGGGCCUUCGAGACAGGUCGAAACUCAAGGCACCGGUUACGUAUGACGACCAGGUUGCUGCCAUUGCGGACUUGAUGCAAAGGCCAGGUGACAAGACUGAGUUGGAGCUGGUUGUCUCUAGGAAGAAGACUGGGAAAGCGCGUGCUACAAGGGCUUCCGCAACCCCAUCCAACGUUCGGACUCCUUCGCGAAAGAAGGCUACUCCAUCGGCACCUCGUACUCCAGGAGUGUCAAAGAAAGCCCCUCCAAACAGCUCCAAGUACGCCGAACCAAGGCCCUCACCCCAUGACUCUGGAUUCAGUGAGGUUGCUUCUACAGAUGACGAGCAAGUGCUGAGCGACUUCACACCUCCCUCAAUCUCCUCGUCUGAUUCGCCGCAAGAGUCUUCUGUCAUAUCACCGUCUUCGCCCGAAGAAGACGCCGAGGAGGACAUCGUCGACCCUUCUUCACCGGAGGUCCCCCCCCAGAGAGCUAAAAGAGCUAGCGGCCACUUUGCUACCGAUAUUACCGUGGAGGAUGCAGAUUCCAGGACUGACCCUCCCAUUGGCCCUGAGCUGUCCGAACUGGCCCAAAAGGCACGGCUUGACGGUCAUAUUUCAAAAAGAUGGAAUCCUGAAGUUGCCCGAUUUGUAGACGGGAUAUGGAUGGCCCCGGCUAUGUGUGAUAGCUGCCGGGCUGGUACACACGAUAAUUGUGAUAGAGCAUUUCCCUGCUCUUCGUGUGUCAAGAAGGGCAGAGAUUGCAAUAUAAGAACCGUGAUGAUGAGAACGGCGUGCAACAAAAAUCCAGAAUAUAAUUUGGCUAUAACCCCGCUGCAUUUAAAUGCACCCAUGGUUUCUCAAAGUGGCGAUGGAACUUGGAGUUCAAUAAAACAGUCGCCUACUACGAUUCGCCCCCAAAAACGAAAGUGGGGAGAUUCAAGCAAAGACACUGCAAAUAGCAAGGGCCGACGUGCAGUUACUACAGCUCGUGACAAACGAUUGAGCAACAUGACGGGCCGUUCUGGUGAAAUCUCCCAGCACUUGAAGGCACCCCACAUUGUACAGAACGGCGAUGCAACAUGGAAUUUAACGGAGCAGGCGGGUCAUGCAAGCAACCCCUUGAAACAAAAGCGCAAAUAUGCUGGCGCUUCUGGUAAUUUGUCAGCCAAGAAGCAACACAGAUCACCUGCAUCGGGAUAUUCAAGCUGCGAAGAGACCUACGUUGAAGAUCCCGCCAAGCCUGGACAAGCCCUGGUUCGUUCUAAAAAGGGCCCGCGGGCGUAUAACCAUUACCAUCAAUCAGAACAGGAGAACUUGCCCGCCCCAUAUGGCCAGCCGCCCGUGUGGGCAUCGAAGCGACAACAACUAUGUGAAACUUUGCCAUAUUACAGAGCAUAUAUGUCCGGGGGGUAUCUGCACGAUGGCCUCGUCCGUGCAAUUUUAAUUGACAAGGAAAUCAGAGAACGCGAUGUUUUCGAGGAAGAAGUUGUCAUAACUCGAUGUGGUGGAGGACGAAAGCUGGAUGAAGCAACUAACAAGAUGGUUCAAACAACAGACCAGGAGAGAAGUGCGUAUGGUCUUGGGUUCGAACGGGCUAGGGAUAUGCAUAGUCCUGUCGCAAUCAUUGCUGGUCAAGGAAACUCCAAAAGUCCCUCAAAGCUUCCACACUAUUAUAACAUUCUCGAUUGGUUCCAUGUUACUGACGUCUGGGUGGAGAAGGUAGAAGGAUACAAGACAUGGUGCGUGAGAAUCGAGAAGAUUCGCCUCGAUGAGAAAUCUUGGUGGGCCAAAGCUGGCUCUACUCUCCCGAGUCCAUACCGCGACCUGGGUGCCAUCAAAGCAGCGUCGGGGAAAUGCUGUGUUUGUGGUGACAUUAGCAAAGCUAUAUUUGAACAGGGAUGGGUUUGCUUGAAGGCAUCCUGUGAUAAGUUCUUUGUUUUCGAUUCGCCUAUUGACGAUCGAAAACUUAUAUAUACAGAGACGUUUCUGAAGGAGCGUACCGCUUAUACUGGGAAUGCACCAGGGCCAUUGGCGCCUCCUCUCAUGACCGAAGCCGAUAUGAUCAUAACUGGGAAACGUGGGACCGAAUUCGCCUUCAAACAAGGUAUUGUGUGCCCGCUGUGCAAAGGCUGCAGUCGUCGGAAGCAAUGGUCAAAAUGGAUUUGCGAGACGGUGGGCUGUGGCUUUACUCACUCUUUGCCUAUCCAAAUAAUGAGUGUUAAGGACACAAUGUCGGAUAUUGCACGGAAUCACCGUCAACAAAACUUUGAGCCCAAAUUUGGAAUUAAACUUGAGGAAAAGACAAUGGGCGCCUAUAACGUCUUUGAGUAUGGGGUGCCAGGUCCUAAGGGUAACAUUGUAGGCGUUCUCCGGCUUUUCAAGUCAAGCGAUGCCAUCAAUAGAAAGCCCGACGGCCCCAACGACCUCUUCCGAUUGAUGCAAGAGAGUGACUUCGAUCUCCAGAGGCGACCUGUACGACAACCAAAUUCCAGUGGGGAGGUUCUCACCAAUCACUUCGCAACCAACUGGGGUGCACCGUAUAAAUUUGUCGUCGCACAGUCAUCCAGGGGAUUCAGUGAAGCCCCAAUAGUAAUUGUCAAGGCUUUGAAAAGAUUGACGUGGGCUGGCGAACAGACUCUUACUGACGUUGGAGAGCCCUUCCAUCCCUUCAAUGAGCUUCUUUCGAUUGGGUAUUUUCAAGACUGCAGCAUCGGAUACCACGACGAUGGCGAGUCGACACUGGGCCCAACAGUAGCCACACUCUCACUCGGCGCCUCGGCCACCAUGUCUCUUCGCCCCAAAGCAAAGGCAGCGGUGGGUGUUACUUCGAAGAAUGCCAAGGGUACUAAAGCUCCUGUUAUUCGCGUGACUCUUGAGCAUGGUGACAUGGUUAUAAUGCAUGGUUCUGGAGUUCAAACGUACUACGAGCAUGAGGUUGUACCACAUGGGACUCUUCGGUUUGCGUUAACCAGCCGCUAUAUCCAACCUGCGGAACUUGGAAGCGAUGCCGUCAGAGAGGAAGCUAGGAUCAAGGGCGCGUUACCUGAAGGUCAUGAGCAGUACAAGUAUGAUGGAGAUGAGAAUGUUAUAUUCUCACCAGAAGAAAUGAAGAAGGCCGAGAAGGAGGCGAGGAUACAUGCGUUGAUGCGCUCAGUAAACGAAUCUACGGCAAUACGCAAGGCUAUCGAGUCUCAAGGCGACGAUGAUGAGCUUUGCCAGAUGCGAAACAUUCUGGGCGAGCAUAUACGGGGCUUUAUGGGUGAUGAGAUGCCCGACCUUAUGUCUGCAUGUGGAAACGGAGUUCUCGCUCCUGAAGAGGUUGGCGAGGCCAUAUGCAGAAAGGAGAACCUGGAGGAAGUCGAUGUUCCAAUGGCCAGUGCUUUCUAACCGCUUUCACGAGCCGUUUGAACCAUAUUCAGCUUUUGGCAGGCCUUGAUGCAACCACUAUUUAUUACUUCAUUAUUUUAUAUCCAGUUUGCUCAAGUUUACGAAGAUCGAUAUACUCUCGGCACAUCUUCCGGCUUUACGCACUUUCAUGGAGGGCUCUGGGCAUUGCCGUCAAAGACUACAAUUCAAUCAAUUGCCGGCGCGAUGAUAUGAACUGCAUUGAUCCUGAUUAUACAUUAGCAUAUACUACAGGCGAGUUUACGACCAAUUUUCUGCUUUUCGGGGGUUUGCAACGAUAGGGAGGGGAUGGACACUUAUGCUUAUAUUUUGAGUUUUUGGGAGAAAGGAAGGGAAGGGAUGGCAAGUCGCUUUAUAAUUCUCAUUGACCAGGGCUCCUUUAUAUUUGCGUGGUUGCUUACAAUAUGUUUUAUCGAAAAUGGGGCAGGGAAUGGAAGGAUGAAUCUUGGAGUGGAUGCUUUGCGAUGUGCUUUGAUCAGUUGCCGAAUGGGAGUUGCUAAAUAUUUUCAGCGAGGAAUUUGAUGUUAUGGCUUCUGAAAGUGUGCACUAAAUGUGACUGGUAUAGUGACGUUGUCUUGAUGGUCCUGUUGUG